AUGAAGUUCACAUCCUUUAUCCCGGCCUCUCUCCUCGCCGCCAGCGUCGCGGCCGCCCCCGUUGCGAAAGGCAACUCUGCCUUCACCGUGAUUUCUGCACGCUCUGGCUCUCCUAUCCAUCUGCAGGCCAUCAAUGCCGCUGGCUCCAAGUUCUGGGUAGGAGGCUCACCCGCCACCUUCUGUCCAUCCUUUGUCAACCCCUGUCCACCCGGCAACGAGACCGUCUGGGCCAACGCCUUCAACAUGGACGUCGAGGUCCCCGGCGGUCAAACCCUCUACGUCGCCCCCAGUGGAGCCCUGUCCUUCACCACCGCGCAUUCCAUGUCCAUGCCCGCUGGCUCUCAGCAGGGACCGUUUGACAAUCAACAACCCUCGUCCGGCGAGGAGUUUGGCACCUACACGACCAGCAGCUUCGGUGCCACCGGCUUCAUGGCCUGCCCUGACGAUGCCACCAAUGCUAGCUCCUGGCAAGUGUUUGCCGCUAUCCGCAACGCGACUGUGCCGACUGGCAAUGUCGACGAUUGCCUGGGCUUCGAUGCCUUGACCACUAGUUACACCGGUAGCAUUCCCACCUGGGAGUACACCUAG